AUGCGCUCGUGGUUGACUGGGCGUCACCGGUGCCUUGCCAACGCCGAGAUCGAGCGAUCGCCCGUACAUCCAACCAGAGCACUUGAUGUUGUCGGAGCGAUUUCUCGCACCGAUCGUGCAAACCACGAGCAAGAAGAGUGGGGCACAGUCAAAAACAAAAAGCAAGCGAAGGAGGAGAGGAAACUCAAGGAAGAAGAGGACAAGAAAGAGCAAGAACGUCUUGAGAAAGAGCAGGAGAAGCAGCGUCGCGAAGCGGAGAGGAAGGCAGCCAAAGAAGCUAGAGAAGCUGAGCGUCCCUGUCCCAGCAUGGACAAAAAGUCUCAGCCAAGUGACUCCGUGAAGCUCCAUCCGAUCUGCAAAAACUGCAAGGCGCAAAGCGUGGAGGCGCAGCUGGUCGUCAGUGCACGCACUGAGCUUUGCGGCGUUGUGAUGCAGAGCAGCGAUGAUCAGGAGUGGCAGGGUGGACAAUGGUGGGAAAGUGGCGGCAACGCAUCAUGGAACAGCAAGAGCUGGGAGUGGGAGUCCUGGCGAGACGACUGGAGCAACUCGAAAGGGCAGGCGGAAGAUGGCUGGUGGGGCGGCCAGUGGGAAAAGGCUGGCAGCCGCAGAAAAGGCUACAAGGACAAGAAAGAGCCAGUAGCCGAGGAGGACGACGACGGAGAAGGUGUCCUGUGGGAUAUGCCAGACACUUCCGUGCAGCCAGAUGGAGAGGGUGGCCUGGAUCAGUGGACACUGGGCCACCUUCCGGUGCACGAGCGGAUGAUGGAGGGCGAACAGACAUUGGGCAUGCCAAAGGCCUUGCCCGAAAAUGCUCUAACUUUGGAGGAGCUGGAGCGCGAUCACUUGGCGGCUCCGGCAGCUCCGCCCGUGGUGCCUGCUCCUCCGAUGCCUCAGGCACCUCCGCAAGUUUCGGCUCCGAUGCCGAACGUGGCACCACCAACCACAAAGCCGCUACUCGACAGCCUGCCGCCCCAGCAGGACAUUCUUGCAGCGCUUGGCAGCCAACCAGUUGUGUCGCCCGGCUCUGUGCCUAUUGCAGAUGACAGAGGGGACAGACAGGACCGCGGCGAAAAAGGUCGCGGGAAAGGGGGCAAGAAGGGAAAAGGUGAACGAGAGAAGACAGAGGGCGAGAAGGAGCGUCUAGAGCGAAUCGAUCGCUCUGACGAUCCUCGGCGCCAAGCCGUCGAGCAGGUCGGUGAGGUGGUCACCGUGCGGAAGCAUAGCUCCAUGGGCUGCGCUGUAGUCUCGAUGACAGAUGUCAGAGUGAGACAGGCCAUAGUGGAAGAUGGCAACGAGUGCGUCAUCAAUGGAAUCAAGGUCCAAAUCAAGCCGCACACGAACAAGGAGACCAAGGAAGAGGUACUUACAGACUUGUUCGUGGCCUGGGGAAGACAGGCGGAGAAGCAGAACCCGCUGUCAGAGCAGACAAUUGCCAAGUUCUUCGACACCAAGCACAAAGAAAUCACUGGCGGAUGGAAGGCAGCCGAAGAGGAGAAGCUCCGCGCUGAAGAGCAGGAGCGUCGGCAGCAGGAGCAAGUCCUCAGAGAGAGGACGGAGCAGCGACGGCGCUACGAAGAACAGCAAGAGUCUUUCUCGCAUGCUUUCCCGAAGGGUAUUGCGGCCAGGGUGGUGGCGCUGCAACAAUCGCAGUGA